AUGGAUACUCUUCUUCUCGAACGAGCCACCGGGCGAAUCUCGGCACGAGCGUGUGCGGCAACGGUGACAGAGUCGCUCUAUGGCUCACUCUCGCCCAGUACGUUUCGCGCGCACUCUGCCGCAGUCAACUCGCUUGCACUAGAAAAAGCAGAGUACCGUUAUCUCCUCAGCGGGAGUGGCGACUCGAGUCUUCGGCUCUGGGAUUUGAGCGAAGACGAAAUUGGACCGAUACGUCCGCCGCGUGCUAUUGCAACUGUUUCUCGGCGCACAGCCCACCGCUUUGGUGUUUCUGCACUACGAUGGUGGCCCGAAGAUACAGGUAUGUUUAUUUCGGCCUCCUUUGACCACACAGUACAGGCGUGGGACACUAACCGCAUGGCCCCGGCGCAUGUUUUCGAGGCCGGUGCGCGUGUGUAUGCUGUGGAUGUCUGUGCGGCGCGCGCCAAUCGCUUUAGCUCGCAGGCUUUGGUGGCAGUUGCCAGUGACCAGCCGCAGGUGCGCCUAUUAGAUCUCCGCGCGGGCGCGGCAGCACAUACGUUGCAAGGGCAUAAAGGUAAAACGUUGGCUGUGACAUGGCAUCCGCAACAACCUUCUAUUUUAGCGACAGGUGGUUUUGAUGGAGAGGUGAAGGUGUGGGAUGUUCGGCGCGCGCAGAGCUGUCUUUGCCGAAUGGAUAUGGCGCGCACUAAUGCGUCUCGCGCUCGGACUGACAUUUCAAGCGGAGGGUAUUCUGCUCUACCUGCCUCAAGCUCGGAAAGCAGCGACGACGAGAGUACAAUCAAUAAUGCAUCCAUGUAUGGGUCGCAUCUGAAACACUCACCAUUUCGGCCGCGGCAGACAAACGUCGAUCGGCUGGAAUAUCUGUCCAGCACGCGUGCGCAUCUGGGACCAGUCAAUGGGCUUCUCUGGGAUGAAGCGGGUCAUAUGCUAUAUUCUGCUGGCAACGACGAUAAAAUUCGCGUGUGGGACAUGGAACACUCACCGCCAGUGAACCGACUAGUCAACUUUGGGCCGCUCACGCGUAAUAAGUAUCUUCAAACUGCACCGGUGGCACUCAGCGCCCGCUCGGAAGGAGAAACUCAACAUUUGGUGUUUGGUGCAGAUACUGGCGAUGUGCUUGUACUUCGCGCGCUCGACGGGAAGUUGAUGGCGCGACUUCCAGGGCGAGUGCGCACUAGUGCUAUGGUCGCAGGCGCGCCGUAUUCAGCUACAUACUUUGGUGGAACCAUGUCGGGCGACAUAGUAACAUGGAGAGGAAUGACAAGGCCACCGGCGAUCGAGGGCGAGUACAAGGACGAGGAAGUUGAUGAUGUAGUGCCGUUGGAUGAAAUCAUGUGUGGCUCUGGGGAAAAGGAAAUCGCUGCGCUUUACGACGAUCCCUAUUUUAGGCGUGAAUCUUCUUAA